CAUAUAUAUUCAUCAGUUACACUCUUGCGCUCGUGGUGAGUGGACCUGAUGUGAACUUGUGCUCGGAUCUCCACCAGACUGGAUUUUGCUCUCGUGCUAACUGUAACAAACCCCAACAGGAGUGAAUGAUUAUCACGGAAUAUGGUGGAUGUAAUUGUUUCUGCAAAGAUUUCUCAUAUAGCAAGCAUGGCACCACAGUCUAGCAGUGUUACUCCUCCACCAGUGUUUUGCGAUAAAUCUACAACAACUUGCAAAAUGUGCUCAAAGUGUGGACCCAUUACUACUACUACUACUACUACUACUAACACAAGUAAACCUACCGUGCCUACUGCCUCCAACAACACCCAGAGACUCACAGUAACACUCCCAAGCAGAGGGAGCGGGCGGCCCCUGGACGAGACUUACCGGGUGGGGCCAGUCCUGGGCAAAGGCGGCUUCGGCACCGUGUAUUCCGGCUGGCGGGUGAGAGACGGCGCCCCUGUAGCCAUCAAACAAGUCGCCAAGGCCAAAAUCACAGCAUGGGAAAUGGUGGGAGGUCGACGUGCUCCACGAGAAGUGGCCCUGCUGUUAAGGGUGACACACGUGCCUAACGUGGUGAAGCUCUUGGACUGGCUGGAGCGAGAUGACUCCUUCCUGCUGGUGUUCGAGCGGCCGGAGCCUUGCAAGGACCUCUUUGACUAUAUUACAGAGCGCAAGGUCAUCCCAGAGGCCGAGGCACGAUCACUCUUCAAACAGGUGGUGGACAUCGUUCGCGACUGUCAUGCUGCUGGCGUCAUCCACCGUGACAUAAAGGACGAAAAUUUGUUGGUGACGUACGACUCCAAGGGGCGGGCGGUGCUCAAACUCAUAGACUUCGGCUCCGGCGCCCUCCUGUCAGAUAAAAGCUACACAGACUUCGAUGGGACGCGGGUGUAUUCACCGCCUGAGUGGAUCAGACACAAUCAGUAUGAGGGCGUGCCAGCCACCGUGUGGUCGUUGGGCAUCCUUCUUUACGACCUCGUGUGUGGAGACAUUCCAUUUGAACACGACGAGCAAAUCGUGGCGGCACGUGUACAGUUUCGGUCUACGGUAGGCGAGGACUGCCAGCACUUGGUGAGGUGGUGUUUGCGGGUGCGGCCCACGGAACGGCCCUCCCUCGACAGUAUCCUGCAGCACCCUUGGCUAGCCAACCCUCAGCCUACACGAAUCCGUCACCCUGACCAAACCUCCCUUGAUAAGUGCUCCACCUCAUCCCAAGAGUCGCUUUGAUGGCGGCCCCCUCUAGUGGUGCUGUAACUUGCACCCGACCUCACCUGUAGCACCGCCCUCACGCCCCGUGCCAGGCUGCCGCCAGCACCGUGGCCACACAUGGCUUGACCUGCGGGCAGCAGCCUCCAUCUGGAUUUGUGGGCAGCGCCACAUAUCAUCCCUCAUACCAAAGUUUGGGCUUGUAAAGUCCGCCUCUCACUGUGGGGAUGUAAAUCACGGCGGCGCCUAUGUACAGUCCCCUUGCCGGCACCCUGGCGGUGCGUUGUCCCUGGCCGGGGGUACUCAAGAUCUCCGGCCGUAUUUAUGGUGCGGCCUGGCCCGGCCCGCCCUGGGCCGCACAACUAUUUAUUGCCUGCAACCUCGCCCAGGGGCGUCCUGCCCCUGACCCAGCCACUGCUGCCCAGGCCACAGUAACACCAGUGAGGGUGUGGUGAUCCUCGGCGGUGGAGCAGCAGUCAUGGUGGGCGGCGGCGUGGCUCUGGUCACCACCACCCCAUACGCCCACCACCCUCACUCUCGCAAUGCCAAACAAUGCAGUCUCGGCUAUCUUCUGAAUGAGCUUCAGGCUUGUAAACCAAAGGUUAUUAUGUUACGAGUCCAGACUUUCCUUGUAAAAAUGUAAAGGACUUAAUUUAUUUUGGUGCUUGAACUAUAUGAGCGUGUAUAUAGUGUACAUAUAUUCUCCCCUUGUACAGAUUUGAUCAUAAGCCAUUGCUCAAGUGUGUAAGUUCUGUAUGAUAUCAAAAAGUCAUAAGUCGGACAAAGUAAAUGUUUGUAGUACUAUUUGCUUGGACCUGUGACCCCUGCGUCCGCUCCCUCACAAACAAACAGCGUAUCCCAAAGAUGUCACGAAAUUGAUGUUCGGUUGUGCUGGGCUUCCCUCACCCCGGUAGAUGCUCCUGGAGAAACUUAACCUCUUACUGUACUUGUAAAACAAGUGCAAGGAAAACAGAGGCCAAAGAGAAUAUUUGAAAAAAAAUAAGUAGUUUUAUUACGAUAUUCUUAUUUGUUGGUUCACUUCCUUUAUUUGUUUAAUUUUCUCCUUGGACAUGAAAUCUAGGGUUGAGAGGCAGAAAGACACCGAUUCUGUAAAAAAAUAAAUCUUCCACAUUUUGGUUGCUUAUUUUCAGAUGCAGAUUUAAAAUAUAAAAGAUUUGUUAUUUCUGUUUUACAUUUAUUUGUAAUUCUUAUUUCUUGUUAAAUAUAAAAUCGAAUUUAAGAUGCGGCCAUACUGCACGUUUCUUCAUAGUGGCCUUGUUUAAAAAUAAUUUUCUUUAUAAUUUACUCUCGAGGUAAAGCCACAAAUUCUAUUAUUUUUAAAAACUAAAAAUUUACACUGAACUCUUAAUGACGUCAAACCUACUUGGAGAAGACUGAAGGAUGUCAUUGUAACGCCUUCAGUAGUCGUCAGGUGGGAGUCUGCUCCCUUGAUAGUUCUCAGUUAACGUGCACAAGCGCUCCUUAACCUAUGUCUGUCUCCAAGUCGUCAUGAUUGCUGCCACACCAUCAUCAUCACUGUUACAGUAGUUGGGACAAAAACAAAUAUUUUUGUCAUGUAUCGUAGAGAGAUUCCGCUCGUGGUGAAUUUGGUAGUUUUUAUAUGUGUUAUGUUUUCAUGUGCCUCCAAGUUUAGUAAUUACCUAUUAUUUUGUACUAAUUUUUUAGUCCAAUUUUGGUGUCCUAAGAUGUAUUUGGAAUUUCUAGGGUGGUCGUAGACUCCCAGACAUUGAAUUAGAUGUUUUAUUUAAGUCGUGUUUUGUAUGCAAAGUCCUGUCCUCAUGUCACCUGGUUUAUUGUGAUGGUCCUGGAACACAGCGGAACAUUUCUGUCUCCUGUUUACAUAAAGCUUCACAUCCUCUCAAGUGGAGGAGAUGGUAACAUUCUUAAGUUAUUCCACUCAUAAACCUGUGGAUUAAAAAAUAUACUUACAUAUAUAAAGCUUCCAUUUAUAUGUACAACGAAUGCAGUUGCAUUUUAUAUUAUUUUUCGUACAAAUCUUUGUUUAAAAAAUAAACAGGAAUAUGGUCGAUAAUCACCGCUGCGUGUCCGAGACUUAACCUCUUGUGUUAUGUGUGCUUCAUAUGCUGUGGUAAGGGGGUGGCUUCAGGCGUGUCUCUGAGGUUAACAUUUCCAGCCUUUCUCAUGAUUUUUAACCUCCAAGACAUUGAAGUCGGUUCCUUUGUCAUAGUCCAGUAGAGCAGAAUUUUCUAAAUAUGUGAAGGUAAUAGGUGAAGUAUUAAGGGCUUUUGCAAUAAGAAUUUUGUGGUUUUCGUGUCAAAUGUCAACUUUGUACAGCUUUGGAGACGUGGCAAAUGUCAGUCCAAUUGCCAAAAAGACAACUCGUUGAGACUUGUAUGUGCUGUGUUCUCAAAGAAAAGACAAAAUAUGUGUUGUAAAUUGUGAACAAGUUCAUCGGAGUUAUCUGGAGGACGACCCUUUCACGCAUUUUGAUUUUAGUUAAAUCCAAUUUGUUUUGUAUAAAAAGAAGUAGGUAAGUUACUCUGGCGGUGACACAAAUUGUGAAUAAUAAUUGUAUCCAUGUGAGUCCUGUCGCCGAGUCCGUCACACGCCAUCUGCCUUCUGGAGUGCUUCUCGAGGCUAGCAGUAGUCCACGCCUCUCAGGGUCGUGAACGGCUUUAAGAUACAGUACUCUGUAAAUUACGUUGUAGCUAAAGUCAUUUAAGUACAGGAUAGACUGUAAUCUUAGUUAAAAUUACCAUGUAACUUGAGGUCAUCCUGUUGAGUGCCAUUGGUCAUAGAAUAUGUUGUAGUGGUGAGGCUUGUUAUUGGCUUAACUAGAUGUAAUACUUGUCAGUGUGGAGGGUUAAUGGUGAUGGUUUUGAGGAGCGUGAGAGAAGGCAGGGUGUGAGAGGGAGAGAGAGGCAUUAGGUGACAUACAUUUGUGUUUGACAAGAAAUCAUAAAAGACGUAUUUUUGUAAGUAAAUAAAGCGAAAGAAUUGAA